AAUCUGUGUGCAUGAUUUUGGGUGUUGAGAGUGAGGGAGUGCUGUGCUGAUACUUCUCGUGAAUCAAUCAUCACUCUUUCUGAUUCUGAUACCAAAAUGGUGAAUCCUCGAUUUUCACGCUCCAGGAUCCGAACCUUCAGCUUCUCUUUCACAGUUUCCAUUGCCAUCUGCAUUUUCUUCACUCUCUCUUUUAUCUUCACUACCCAUUCUUAUUCCUCCCAUCAACAAAACCACUUGGGUUCUGAUGAUGGUGUUGCACAUGGAUUCGAGUCUAUAAGGAGAUCCGUUCUUGCAUUGAAAACGGAUCCCCUUAAGCCUCGAUUGGACCAGAUCCGUAAGCAAGCUGAUGAUCAUCGCUCUUUGGCUCUUGUGUAUGCUUCUUAUGCAAGAAAGCUCAAGCUUGAGAGCUCAAAGCUUGUUCGGAUUUUCGCGGAACUAUCGCGGAACUUCUCUGAUCUAAUGACCAAACCUCAGUAUAGGACUCUUUUCAGCAAUGAUGCAGGCCCUAUUGAUGAAUCAGUGGUUCGCCAAUUGGAGAAGGAAGUGAAGGAGCGGAUUAAAACAACACGCCAGGUGAUCGGCGAAGCCAAGGAGUCCUUUGAUAACCAGCUCAAGAUUCAGAAGUUGAAGGAUACAAUUUUUGCUGUGAAUGAACAAUUAACCAAGGCAAAGAAGCAGGGUGCUUUCUCAAGCUUGAUUGCCGCCAAGUCAAUUCCAAAGAGCUUGCAUUGUCUCACAAUGAGGUUGAUGGAAGAACGGAUUGCACAUCCGGAUAAGUAUUCGGAUGAGGGGAAGCCUACUCCUCCAGAAGUUGAAGAUCCUAGCUUGUACCACUAUGCCAUAUUCUCGGAUAAUGUUGUUGCGGCAUCUGUUGUGGUCAAUUCAGCAACAAAGAAUGCGAAAGAACCAUGGAAGCACGUGUUUCAUGUUGUUACUGAUAAGAUGAAUCUUGGAGCAAUGCAAGUGAUGUUUAAGUUGAAGGAUUAUAAUGGUGCACACAUUGAGGUUAAGGCAGUUGAGGAUUACAAAUUCCUGAAUUCUUCGUAUGUGCCGGUCCUUCGACAAUUGGAAUCUGCCAAUCUGCAGAGAUUUUACUUUGAGAACAAGCUUGAGAAUGCUACAAAGGACACAACAAAUAUGAAGUUUAGAAAUCCCAAAUAUCUGUCAAUAUUGAACCAUUUGAGGUUCUACUUGCCAGAAAUGUAUCCAAAGCUGCAUAGAAUUUUAUUUUUGGAUGAUGACAUAGUAGUUCAGAAGGACCUUACUGGGUUAUGGAAGAUUGAUAUGGAUGGUAAGGUGAAUGGAGCUGUUGAAACAUGUUUUGGGUCAUUCCAUAGAUAUGCACAGUACAUGAAUUUCUCACAUCCCUUGAUUAAAGCAAAAUUCAAUCCAAAGGCUUGUGCAUGGGCUUAUGGAAUGAAUUUCUUUGAUUUGGAUGCUUGGAGAAGGGAAAAAUGCACAGAAGAGUAUCAUUACUGGCAGAAUCUGAAUGAGAACCGAACAUUGUGGAAAUUAGGGACAUUGCCACCAGGUCUAAUCACAUAUUACUCAACAACAAAGCCACUGGAUAAGUCAUGGCAUGUUCUGGGACUUGGCUAUAAUCCAAGCAUAAGCAUGGAUGAGAUUACAAAUGCAGCAGUGGUGCACUUCAAUGGUAACAUGAAACCAUGGCUAGACAUUGCAAUGACUCAAUUCAAGCCACUUUGGACAAAGUAUGUUGACUAUGAGUUAGAGUUCGUUCAGGCCUGUAAUUUUGGUAUCUAAAUGGUUAAGUCUCUUCUCAUUUGUUGAUGCUGUGUCAGGUGCCACUGAAGUUAUUUGUUGCUUGGUUUCAAUAUAUUAAUCCUUAUACGUUUAACAGAGUUCUUAGCUGGUGCAAGGAAAAAGCUUGCUUCUUUCUAAUUGUAAAAUACUUUAGUAUAGUAAUUAUCAGAUUUCUUCCUCUUGUUUAUUCAUAACGUUUAAGCAAUGAUGUUAUUUUCAAGAUAUCGUCGAUCCUUAACAAUAUUACUGAAU